GCCAUCGCCCGCGGGCGCGCCCUGAUGGCGUCACGGCCGAGCGGGAAAAACAAAACGGCCGCCGCCGCCAUGGAGGACCCGGAGUCGCGUUUCCUGCACUUCCUGCAGCCCAUCCGGGACCUGACCAAGAACUGGGAGGUGGACGUGGCCGCGCAGCUGGGGGAGUACCUGGAGGAGCUAGACCAGAUCUGCAUCUCCUUUGACGGCGGGAAGACCACCAUGAAUUUCAUCGAAGCGGCGCUGCUCAUCCAGGGCUCUGCCUGCAUCUACAGCAAGAAGGUGGAGUAUCUUUACACACUGGUGUACCAAGCCCUUGAUUUUAUCUCCAAUAAAAAACGUGAGAAACAGCCCACCUCAGUCGGUGCCGACGGGACUGAUGGGGAUGCCGGAGCAAGCACAGCAGCAGCAGCAGCAGAAGAAGAGUUCCUCUCGUUGGAUGACAUCCAGCAGGCCAGCAAAACCAACAUGGACCUGAGGGACGACCAGCAACAGCACACGGUCCCCGUUGUGCCCUUGACCCCGAUGGCACUGGUUCCCCCCGAAGACUCGGACAAGAAGGACAACCCCCUCUUCAGCCGGAAGGGGGAACUCCUGGCCAGCCGGAAGGACUUCCGCAUGAACACCUGCACCCCACAGAACAACGGGCUCUUCAGGCUGGACCUGGCGGGGCGCUCCCCCACCCGGUGCCCAGCAGGAACUCGGAGCCUGGCUCCAACAGCGGGCUCCAUGCCCAUGGAGGUCAGCGCCUGCGAGACCCCCGUCCUUGCUCUGGACUUCUCUGGAGAAGGAAGCGAGUCGCAGAGACCCACGGGAGCAGCGAGCCCUGCGGGGGACCACGAGGACGGCUGCGACCCCUUCCUGGCAGACAUCCCUGAAGAGGACGGUCAGGAGGCCUCCCUGGCGGGAGCAGAGGAGCACGUCGCCCAUCAGAUGAGCGCCCCCCGGAACAGAGGGUACAUGUUGCGGGAGAGACCCCCUGCCCCGGACGCAAAUCCCCGCCUCAAGGACACGGGACACCCCUGGCGCGGCCUUGACCCCUUCAGCUCCUCGGAGGACAAGCCCUUGAAGAAAGGAAGACCCUUCAGCGUGCCCCGCGGCCUGGAAGAUUUCCCCGGGGUCAAGCGCAAGAGGCGGCCGUCCAGCAAGCUGCAGGAUUUCGUCUCGUGGUUUGCGUCCUCAGAGCCCAACCAAGCCGGCUGCCAGAGACGCUGCAGGAAAGGCUCCACGUUUGCUGACCUCGAGGUCCUGUACUGGCGGAACGUGAAGGAGCGCCUGGUGGCCCAGAGGAAGCUGCAGAAGAGGGCGGUUCCGCAACUGGAGUGGCCGUGCGGAGACCCUGGUGCUGUGGAUGAUUACCGGGAAGAGGAGGAGGACUUUGACGAUGCGGCCGAUGAUGGGCCAGGGGAGUUUCUGGCCGAGGAGGAGAUCCCCCCCUUGGAACCCUCUGAAGGGAUGCUGGGCGGCGCGGCAGGCCCUGGCGAAGUCCCCUCUUCCCUUAGCUACGAGGAGCUGUUCAGCAGAAACGUGGAGCUCUUCAUGGCCCACUCCCAGAAGUACACCCGGGAGACGGCGCUGUCCCAGCGGGUCCGCGACUGGGAGGAGAUGAUGGGCCCGCAGCUGGAGGAACAGGAAUCCCGCAGCGCCUUCGACAUCCACAGCUACGGAGACCAGCUGGUGUCCCGGUUCAGCCGCGUGGGCGAGUGGUGCUCGUUCGCUAGCCUGCUGGCAGGGCAGCCGGCCUUUGAGGUCUGCCGCGCCAUGCUGGCCUCCCUGCAACUGGCCAACGACUACACCGUGGAAAUCUGCCAACAGCCGGGCCUGGAGGAAGCCGUCGACACCAUGGCGCUGCGACUCUUGACCCGGGAAAGGGCCCAUCAGCGGUUUCACACGUACACGGCUCCCUCGCUCAACCAGCAGUGAUGGCUCUCUUCUCCUCUGCGUGGUGUCCGUCUUUGUGUAUAUAUGUA